AUGUCGUGGUGUAUAAAACAUCCUGAAUAUUCAAAAGAAAAUGAUAGGAUCAACUCGUACAUACACGCCCGAACGAGAAGUUUUGUUAGCGAAUGUAGAAUCGAACUCGCUGAAGCAGGAUUCUUCUACGCAGGAAAAAAGGACCAAACGAUUUGUUUUUACUGCGGUGGUGGACUACACCAUUGGCAAGAUAUCGAUGAUCCUUGGGAAGAACACGCGAAAUGGUUUCCCAAGUGUCCGUUCGUAUUGGUACACAAAGGACAAGAUUUCGUCAACGAAAUGAGAUCCAGAACCGAAAGAAACGCCCUACAAAAGAAAAGGAUUCCAACAAACAACAUUGCUGUACCCCCACCGAUAGAAGAAUCAAACAUCGAGUCUACAAUAUUAUCAGUGGCGAUUUUUCAAGAGCAACAACACGAUAACCAGUUGCAACCAAUGACCAAUAUAAACAAGAACAACUUGUCGUGUAAUAGACAAGACCCAACAGCAUCGAAGACCAAGACCAAGACGGCAAUGGCCAAGACCAAAAAACUAUAA